GAACCAUAAACAAACGUCAGAAAACUUUGACACGAAGUUUCCCGUCAGCAAACCAGACCGGAAUAUAAAUCAAGUUCAGUUAACCAGAAAGCACAGAAAUCGAGGAAGACGCAAGAUCACCGAAGAUGUCCGACGAAGCGGCGGCGGCGGUGAGGCUCAUCGGCACGUUCAGCAGCCCGAUGGUGCACCGCGCGGAGGUAGCCCUGCGGCUCAAGGGCGUCCCCUACGAGUACAUCCAAGAAGACCUGGACAACAAGAGCGAGCUGCUGCUGAAGCACAACCCUGUGCACAAGAAGGUCCCCGUCCUCCUCGUCCGCGGCGACCCGCCGGCGGCCGUCUGCGAGUCGCUCGUCAUCGUCGAGUACGUCGACGAGGCCUUCGCCGCUGGCGGGCGGCCUGAUCUCCUCCCCGCCGACCCCCUCGCCCGCGCCUCCGCCCGCUUCUGGGCCCGCUUCAUCGACGAGCAGUGCUGGAAGAGCUUGUGGGUGGCGCUGUGGGCCGCCGACGGGGAUGCGCGGGGGAAAUCGGCGGCGGGGGCGAAGGCGAACCUGAAGCUCCUGGAGGCGCAGCUGCUAGGGGAAGAAGGAGAGAAGAGGUUCUUCGGAGGCGACGCGAUCGGGUACCUCGACAUCGCCGCCGGCCCGUUCGCGUACUGGCUGGGGGUGUUCGAGGAGAUGGCCGCGACGCGGCUGCUCACGGAGGAGGACCACCCGGCGCUGUGCCUGUGGGCGGGGGAGUAUAGGGCGGUUGAGGCGGUGAGAGGUUGCUUGCCGGACAGGGACCGCCUGCUGGCCGCGCUGUCGAAGAGGAAGGGGCUGUACGUUUCCAUUGCCAACGCCAUGGCCGCGCAGAAUUAGUAAACCGUGGUGCCGCCAUCUUUGGCGUUUCAUUCUGAAGAUGAAGAACCGCACUAUAGACGUGUGUGUUCCAAAUAAGUUUGCUGAAUAUGUAUGGGAUGGAAGGAAGUUUGUGCAGUUAGUGCCGACGGAGCACGAAGGCAGUACAUUAUAUAGAUGCGCAUUGUGCA